UCCUUAUUUAGAGUACAGAGCUUUAUCCAUCAACCCGUUGACAUAGAGAAGGACCCAUUGCUAUCUGCAGAGAGAAGGAUUUUUAUAUACUGCCAAACUUCUAAUCCAAGUUUUGGUAGAAGAAUGAGGAACAAGUUACAUUUGCCAUGAGUUUCUCCAGGUUUCUAGUUUUCCUUUCCCUCAUGCAAUGCUCACUACAGUCAUCAGUUACUUUUACACUACGAGGAAAUGCCAAUGGACAGCCUUGUGUAUUCCCUUUCAAAUACAACGAUAAGCAGUACAAUGAGUGCACAGAUGCUGGCAGGUCAGAUGGGCUGCUCUGGUGUGCAACAACUGCAGAUUUUGACACUGAUAAACUCUAUGGAUUUUGCCCACUAAUAAACGACACAGAAAGAUUCUGGACAGAAGAUGCUUCAACUGGCAUUCACUAUCAGAUAAACUCAGAAUCAGCUCUAACAUGGCACCAAGCAAGGAAAAGCUGUCAGCAGCAAAAUGCAGAACUACUAAGCAUUGCAGAGACUCAGGAGCAAGCAUAUGUAGGAGAGCUAACAAAAGAAUUUAGUUUUGCCUUCUGGAUUGGAUUGAACGCUUUGGAUUUCAACAGUGGAUGGCAAUGGGCUGGGGGCAGCCCUUUCAGAUAUUUAAACUGGGCUCCAGGAAGUCCUUUCCUGCUCCCUGGGAAAAUCUGUGGACUGUUGAAUCCCAGAAAGAAUGCUAAAUGGGAAAACCAAGCAUGCAAUCAGAGACUAGGCUACAUUUGUAAAAAAGGAUCCUUCCGUUCAAAGCCUGAUACUAUGCCCAAAGGGGAAUUGAGGCCUGUUCAGUGCACAGAUGGCUGGUGGCCAUAUGCAGGUCACUGCUACAGCAUUCACCGGCACCCCAAAACAUGGGAAGAUGCUCUGGCUUCUUGUAAAAAGCAAGAUGGAGAUUUGGCAAGCAUCCACAACAUUGCUGAAAAUAGCUUUCUAGUGUCACAGCUUGGUUACAAGCCAACAGAAGAGCUGUGGCUGGGUCUGAACGACCUGAAGUCUCCCUUCUGCUUCGAGUGGAGUGACGGGAGCCCUGUGACAUUCACCAAAUGGCAGCGCCGGCAUCCUGCCUGCACCAGUGGCCUGGAGGCGUGCGUGGCUAUGAAGGGGCAGGAUGGAUACUGGGCAACUGACGUUUGUAAUAAGCAGCUUGGUUACAUCUGUAAGAAGAAGCCUUCAUCACAAUCCUCUGAAAAAGAGACAACUGAGGACCCAGGCUGCCAGAAAGGUUGGAAAAGAUAUGGUUUUCACUGUUACUUGGUGGGUUCUGCGCUUUUGACAUUCUCAGAAGCAAAUAAGACAUGUGAACAGAGCAAAUCUUAUCUAGCUACGGUGGAAAGCAGACAUGAGCAAACCUUUCUGAUUAGCCUGACGGGGCUGAGGUCUGAAAAAUAUUUCUGGAUUGGUCUCUCUGACACAGAAGAAAAAGGGAGUUUCAGGUGGACCAAUGGAGAAACUGCUCAUUUCACACACUGGAACACAGCUAUGCCAGGGAAAGAGCAAGGCUGCGUUGCCAUGAGAACAGGAAUCGCAGCUGGAUUAUGGGAUGUUGUUAGCUGUGAGAAGCCAUGGAAUUACCUUUGCAAACGGUGGGCAGCAGGAGUGCCCCAUCCUGCUCCAGGACAGGUGCCUGUGGCCACGUGUGCCCAAGGCUGGAACAGAGCCUCCCAGGCAGACUCGUGCCUCAAAUUUUUUGUGAGAGAGGGAAACCAAAAGAAGUCUUGGUUUGAAGCUGAAGAAUUCUGUAGAGAAAUAGGUGGAAAUCUGGUCACAAUCAAUACAAGAGAAGAUCAAAUUUUAUUAUGGCAAUUAGCUUCGGACAAAGGGCUGAACACUCAGGCUUUCUGGAUUGGUUUGUUUCUCUUAAAUCCUGAUGAAGGAUUUGCCUGGAUUGAUGGCUCCCCUGUAAUUUAUGAGAACUGGGAGGAAAAUGAACCCAACAACUAUGAAGAACUUGAACAUUGUGUUAUGUUUAAUGGAUCACCCCAAAUGCGCUGGAACGACUUGCGCUGUGAACAUUUACUUAAUUGGAUUUGUGAAACAAAAAAAGAUGACCUUUCAAAAGCAGGGAAAAAAAAUCUAGAAAUGAAUCUUGUAAUUCUGAAUCUAGAUCAUAUUUACACAAAACACAGAGGAAAAUCAUAUUUCAUCGGCUUAGUUGUCAGCUUUGAUCAGAGAUUCAGAUGGCUGGAUGACAGCCCAGUGAACUAUGUUGCCUGGGCUCCAAAUGAACCCAAUUUUGCAAAUAAUGAUGAAAACUGUGUGAUAAUGUCAGAAGAUUUUGGUUUAUGGAAAGACAUAAACUGUGCUGUGAAAAACGCCUUUAUCUGUGAAAGGCACAAUUCAACUUACUCAGGAUUUGCUCCUACUGUGCUUCCACCUCUGGGAGGAUGUCCUGAAACUUGGCUUUUGUUCAACAAUAAGUGCUAUAAAAUAUUUGGAUCCAGAGAAGAAGAGAAACUAACUUGGCACUCAGCAAGAAGUGUUUGUAGAGAAUUAGGGGGAAAUUUGGCCUCUAUACACAACAAUCAAGUGCAAGCUUUCCUCACCUUCCACCUAAAGGAUGUUGCCAAUGAAACAUGGAUUGGGCUGAAUGACAUCAACAGUGAGCAAACCUAUCUUUGGACAGAUGGAAGCAUUUUUGACUAUUCAAAUUGGGCCCGAGGAUUCCCAUUCAGAGAUAAAUUCACAGUGGUUGACUGGAAGUAUAUUACAAUAGAGACUGAUUGUAUUACAAUGACAAAAAGAUCUGUAGAUGAUGCAGGAUUAUGGGAAAAUACUGACUGCCAGCAUAAAAAAAGCUAUAUUUGCCAGAUGGAGAGCGAGCCUGAACUGUUUCACCCCACAAGUGCUCCAGAUUUUGAUUUUGUCCAUUAUGGCAACAGCAGCUAUUUAAUCAUUCCUUCUAAAAUGAAUUGGGAAGAAGCAAGAAAAGCAUGCAAGGAGAAAUCUUCAGAGCUUGCCAGCAUUUUUGAUUAUUACAGUAAUAUAUUCUUGCUCCUGCAGGCAGCACAGUAUGGAGAGCCCUUAUGGAUUGGGCUCAACAGCAAUGUGAAUUAUGGAUAUUAUAGAUGGACCAAUAAAAGGAAAGUAAGUUUUUCUAAGUGGGACUAUGAAGAGCCAAAACAGAAACUAGCCUGUGUCUAUCUAGCACUCUCUGGGAGAUGGAAAACAGCACAUUGUAAUGAGAAAUAUUUUCCUGUCUGCAAAAAAUCUGAGGACAUACUUCCUUCUGAUCCCCCUCAGGAUAUUGGACAAUGUCCUGAAUCUGAUCACAUAUCUUGGAUUCCUUUCCGAAGCCACUGCUAUAACUUCAAUGCCAAUGAAAUUACCUGGGCUCAGUCUGUGACUCAGUGCAUUCGAUCAGGUGGUAUGUUGACUUCUGUAGAAGAUCUGUAUGAAUCAAACUUUUUAAUAGAACAUGCAGAUUUAUAUGCAAGCAAGACAAGUGGCUUCUGGAUAGGAAUAUACAGAAAUGUAAAUGGGCAGCUGCUUUGGCAAGACAACAGUGCCUUAGACUUUGUCAACUGGGCUGAGGGGCAGCCCUCGGGGGACGAGCUGAGUUUCUGCGUGGAGCUGUCUGCGGCCACCGGCUGCUGGAGUGUCCUGCCCUGCUCUUCCCAAAAGGGCUUUAUUUGUAAGAAACCAAAGACUACUCUUAAAGCAGCUGGAGAUGUGGAAGAUGCCAAAAAGGACAAAGCCAGUGUUCACCUGAAUAUAUGGAUACUACUUACUCUGAUCCUCAUAAUUUUACUGGGGGUGGGCUUCAUGAUUUAUUUCUUGUUCAAGAUCAAAACUGGAAGUGGAACUGGAAGAGAGAUGAGGCGGAGCAGCAGUCAGCUGGAAUACAGCCCUGCCCUAACUGCAGGGGAUAAUGGAAGUGGUGCUACCAACAACAAAGGAAAAAAUGAACAGAGUGUUGUCUGAUGGGAUAACAGAGCCAGAAUAAAUGGUUAAGCUGCAAAAAAUAUAGCUGAACUAAAGGAAACCUUAGUCUCUCUUAGGUGCAUGUAACUUGCACUAUGUAAAAUUGGCAGUUAUUCCUUCAGUAAAGAUUAGGAACUAUUGCUGUAUACUCCUCAAAAAAUACUCUCAAGUAUUUAUUGACUUAGUACUGUACAAAAUUGCUAAUUAUGCAAGCAAAGAAAAUAACAGAACUAGUGGGAAUUUAGAUUUAAAAAUUAUGGGCUGCUUAUUUAGGAAUUUGUGACAGCAUCACAUACAGUCAAGACUAACACUGAGCACUCUUUGCAGAGUGCUCAACCUUAAUGCCUGCACUUUGAGAGUAUCUCACCAUACUGUUCUGAAGCCUCCACACUGUUACUUAAGUGAUGUUUGGAAUAAACAGAGAUUUACAUUAAUUGUUUGUCCCCAUUGAUGCCCUUGUCUUAUACCCUUAACACAAAUAUCUUCUUUGUGAUAGUAUAAAUGAAAUGCAAAUACUUGUCCUUCAUUCAUGGCUUCAACUUGAAUUUUGCGAAACAAAUAUGUCUUUACAUACAGCCUUACUCUAUGACUUUGAAUGUUUUUCAUCAAUUAUGAACAUGAGACUAUAUGAAUAAACAAACUAUAUAUUACAUAAUAACAUUUCAGUUAUUUCAAUUUGCUUAAUUAGCUUGUGGAGAUGAUACGUGGUUUGUUGAUUUAAUGAGUCCUCUUCCUUAAAAAAGAGGCUGACAGGAGGAGACACAGAAAUGUGAACGUGGCAUAUGACUAAAAAGCCAUAAAUAAAGUAUAAAAUAAAGUAGUUGCCAAGUAAA